AUUGACAUGAAACGUUACAAGGAAAACAGAUGAAAACUCAAAUCUCAAAAUGUUUAUUAAAAAUAAUAAAAAUAGCGAGAUCAACUUAGCAUAGUAUUGUUAAAUAUUAUAUAGGCUAAAAUUGUUAUUUAUCCUUAAUUACAUUUUAAAUACAUUUAUUACUUGUUACAAACUGUAAUAUGUGCAGACUGUGAGUGUACCAGGCCAGGGAUAAUAUAUUUAUUUUCAUAAUUUCCUUUUUGUAACUGUAACAUUCUUAAUACAAAAACAUGGAUAGAUUACCUGCUGAAAUUUUAAUCCAAAUCUUACAAUAUUUAGAAACAUAUGAUUUAAUCCAAUUGUGUAAGAUAGAAAAGUUUAAAGUUUACUUAAAAGAAAGGAAUUUAAUAAGCAUCUGUGAUUUAUCAAAAAGAUAUGAAAGCAGCAACACAAAUCUCUUUAUGAUAAUUAAAUAUGAAAUGGAUAGAAAUUUCAUAAAAGUACUCAAUAUUAAUGGUAUUUAUUGGAUUCCUGCAGAGAAGCUCAGAAAUCUUAUCCUUUCACUUAAUAAUUUGGAAGAACUUCAGGUUAUUGAUACAAAGUUAGGAUUUUUAGAUGCAGAUACUGAAGCAUAUCAAAAGUGGAAACUAUGCAUUGCUAACAUUUUGAUCCUUUUGAAAUAUAAAUAGUUCAUAUUCAUCAAUUUCUUGUGCAUAAAGUAGAGAUGACAGUACUACAAAAGGUUUUGAAGUUAUAAAUUGAUGAAAUUUCAAUACAGAGGUCAAUAACGGAGCGCAAGGUUUGCUGUCCUACCAAGAAUAAUUCAUUAUAUGUUUUCUUUAUAGGUAGACAUGACCGUCUUACGUAUUUUACCGGCAAAUACACGACUUAUUUCUAACGAAAAUUUAAAAAAAGUCGUUUCACGAGUCGGGUGUUACGAUGAAAUUAUGGAAUGGGACCGUCCUACGAACAAGGAGGACGAUUAUUUUGCGUAUAAUCCGGCUCAUUGGCCACGGAUAACUUUCAGGAGUCUGGAAGUAGCUAUAAAUAACAAUCUAAUUUAUGAGUCAUUUAAACCCACCGUUCCAAAUCUUAACGGAGACUGCUGGAUAAUUUUUCAGACAUUAUGUAAUAAUAAACCAAGUGGACAUACAAUAGUUAAGUACGAUUCUGUUGCUCAAUCCAUAAAGAACAUUAAGUUACACGAGCUUACUUUACACCCUUGUUAUUCAAAUUGUACCACUUUCCAAUCGUGUAAAAAACAGUCCCAGGAGAUUCUUAAAUCAGAAAAUUGCGUAGAAUUGAGACGAUUGCGUCUGUCAACCGAUGUUCUUGAUGAAAUUAAAAAAGAUCCAACUGAAACGAAGGUAGAUUCUAGCGAGAUUCCCUUUAAGAAGAGACGAAUCGGUGUUUCAGAAGAAAGUGACAAUAAUUUUUUUGAACAGAUUUCUCAAGAUCUGAAAUUCUUAGAGGAACUGGAAAUAACAGCUGGUAAAAAACGAAAAAUAUCUUCGUCCACCCUAAGCGCCUUUGGAUAUCUACCGAACUUCAAAAAUCUGCAGCGGCUGUCAAUGUUCACUCUACCGUUGUUAAGCGGAUCGUUUCUCCCAAAGCUUUUUCAAGAGUGUACUCAAUUAAAAAGUCUGAACAUCGAAAUGAGAGUGCCAAAUGUACCAUUUAUGACUAACUUAUUCAAUGGUUUAAAAGAUGCGACAGAAUUAAGGGAUCUGAGGUUAAAUGUUCCAUCCAUUAAUAUAGAACGACUUAUGACUGAGCUUUGCAAGAUCCCUACAAAGAAAUUAUUACGGCUAGUUGUUAUAUCACAAAUUCAAGACACAAAUGAACGAACUCAUGACAUAUACCAAGACUUUUUCAAAAAUAAUCCUCAACUGGUUUUAUUUUAUAUAAUACCUUCUCCAGGAACAUCACAAUAUGUAUACAAGAUUAUAAAUGACAUUAAAAAACUAUAUAAAAAACGGUACCAUAAUGAAAGUAUUGCAAAAAUAAUUUAUAUAUCUGAAAAGCAUAAUGUAGAUUUUACAGCAUUUGCACAUUUUGAUUUCAUAAGAAGCAUUCCACAGAUAGGUCGAUUAAAUUUUGAUGCAUUUUAAAGGCUGGAUGUCACUUAAUGUCGUCGUUAACGUGAUAACCGCAUCAAUGAAGCUUCUAAUAGAAAUAUGGUUGUAUCUAUAUAUCACAUGGAAGAUAUUUUAUUUGUCUAUUCAAGCAUAUAAAUAAUUUCAAGUACCGCAGUUUCGAAUAUAUCAAAUCAAAUUUAAAUGAGUAUUGAAAAUAAAUGUAACUAUUACUGAUAAAAUAAAUUUUUUUAAAU